AUGAAGCUAUCAACAGUCUUUCUCCUCGCCGCUUUGGGAUUCUGCGCAGUUUAUGGUGAGUUUUUAUUUUCAAAAGUGAAAAUACAAAAUUUGAUGAACAGAAAAACCAAGAAGCACCUACUUUUUUGAAAAUUUUGUUUCAUUUUGAAAAUUACUCGGUCAAGGUCAUAUUUGCUAACGCAACUUUGAUCCACAAAUAUAAAAUGUUUUUUUCCAGCCGCUGAUGUUGUUGAUGGAGAAGUCACCGAAGACUCAACAAGAGCAACAACUGAAGAUGAUGAUUUGACAAUCGGAGCAUCACCAGACGCCGCUCUCGCCUUCCAAUUUGUUCAACCAGCCGACGCCAAUACAAUCAAUGAAGUUUACGGAGGAAGCCCAGUGAAAUUCUUGAUCGGAUUCCAAAAUCGUGGAGAGAAGGACUUCAUCGUCAAAUUCUCGGAAACCUCGUACCGUUAUCCAUUGGACUUCAAUUAUUAUCUUCAAAACUUCACACGUGGAGAAUACAACCGUCGUGUUGCACCAAAAGAAGAGGUCACCCUUGAUUAUGCUUUCUUCACCCAUGAAAGUCUUGCUGGAAGAUCACUCGGACUUGUUGUCAAUGUUCACUAUGAAGAUGCUGUAAGUUUCUUUUUCGAAAGAAUAUUGGAUUUCAAAAUUAAUUUUUUUGUUUUUAGGAUGGAAAAUACUUCAUCAACAAUGUCUACAAUCAAACCAUCACUGUUGUCGAAGAUGAUUCUGGAUUCAACGGAGAGACUGGAUUCAUGUUCUUGAUUUUCGUCGCUUUGGGAAUCGGAGCUCUCUACGUCGCCAACCAAUUCUUGUCCAAGCUUUCACGCAAAUCUGGCCUCCAAAAGAGAUCAACAGUCGAACAAGGAACAUCGGGAAAUGAAGUUGACUACGAAUGGAUUCCACGUGAUAUCAUCAAGAACAGCGAAAAGAAAUCACCAAUCGCUGGAUCACCAAAAGCACGCAAAGCCAAGAAGACCGAUUAG